UCUAGGGGUGUACACUUGGUAUAUUCAUGGAUGGGAACAUAGAACAUAAUCUUUUUUUCUUUUUAUACAUUCAGGUAGCCUACAUUGUAUGAUAAUACCAUGCAACUUAUAAAUGUCCUUUUCUUGUUUUUGUAGCCUACUUUUGAGAUCUAUUGUUGAUAAUAGGCUGCAUAUCCUUACCUACCCUACGGGGGGAAAAAACUUUACCACUGUCAACUUUUCUGAAAUUGACAUUAGUCAAGGUGCGAGGAGAUGAGGAAUUCAAACAUUGCGCUUAAAUAUAACACAAGAGCAAGUAUUCUAUUUAAAACUGCGGGAAUUGUAUAUCUCAUUGAGGAAAAAAAACAUUCUAAAUGCUUGCUGUAUAUGAACAAAUUGUUAUUUUAAUUAUUAUUAUUAUUAAACCGUGGAAGUUUAUAUUCGAUAGGCUAAUGUUGCUAUUUUAAAAGAAGAGUGAUUCCGUCAUUAGCCUACUUCUUAAUCAUCUGUUUCAACCAGCUUAUCAGACGUAGGCUAUUUUGUGCUGCACCGCGCAGCGACAUGAAUGCGUUGACAUCGCUCUGUCCCGCUGUUACACUCAACCGUUUUACGGUAUUCCUUUAAACUAAACUUGGCAGUGACAGGAAACCACUUAAGUAAAGUCUUGCCUCCAUGGAAAGACUCGCUAUUUGUAGUAAAAGGUCGACAGUUAAAUCCUUGAGAUGAUCCAUCCACAUUGCGUACCAGCUGCAUUCUCCACUGAGAGCGAAGAUGGCGGAGUCCGGUGGUGGGGAGUUGGACUCGGACCGUCCACAGAACAGCAUGGCUAACAAGAAUAGCACCCUCCGCUGCACGUUUUCAGCCCCCGGCCACAGCGUCACGCUCCUGCAGGGCCUGUCCCUCCUGCGGGCCCAGGGCCAGCUGCUCGACGUGGUGCUGGCCAUCAACGACGAGCGCUUCCAGGUCCACAAGGCCGUUCUGGCCUCCUGCAGCGACUACUUCAGAGCUAUGUUCACAGGGGGCAUGCGUGAAGCCAGCCAGGACACCAUCGAGCUGAAGGGUCUGUCCGCCCGUGGGCUCAAGCACAUUAUAGACUUCGCCUACAGCGCCGAGGUGACUCUGGACCUGGACUGCAUCCAGGACGUGCUGGGGGCGGCCGUCUUCCUGCAGAUGGUGCCGGUGGUGGAGCUCUGCGAGGAGUUCCUCAAGUCGGCCAUGAGCGUGGAGACCUGCCUGAACAUCGGCCAGAUGGCCACCACCUUCAACCUGUCCUCGCUCCGCGAGUCGGUGGACGCCUUCACCUUCCGCCACUUCCUGCAGAUCGCCGAGGAGGAGGACUUCCUGCACAUCCCCGCGGAGCGCCUGGUCUUCUUCCUGCAGAGCAACAAGCUGAAGAACUGCAGCGAGAUCGACCUGUUCCACGCCGCCGUCCGCUGGCUGCAGCACGACGGGGCGCGGCGGGCGGGCGCCAGCCAGGUGCUGCGUCACGUGCGCUUCCCGCUGAUGCGCUCGUCCGAGCUGGUGGACAGCGUGCAGACGGUGGACAUCAUGGUGGAGGACGUGCAGUGCCGGCAGUUCCUGCUCGAGGCCUUCAACUUCCAGAUCCUGCCGUUCCGCCAGCACGAGAUGCGGUCGCCGCGCACCGCCAUCCGCUCGGACGCGGUGUCGCUCAUCACCUUCGGCGGCACGCCCUACACCGACAACGACCGCACCGUCAGCGGGAAGGUGUACUGCCUGCCGGACGCCGCGGCGCGGCAGUUCAAGGAGCUGACGGAGAUGGAGGCCGGCUGCAGCCACGCCUGCGUGGCGGUGCUCGACAACUUCGUGUACGUGGUGGGCGGCCAGCACCUGCAGUACCGCAGCGGCGAGGGCGCGGUGGACGCGUGCUUCCGCUACGACCCGCACCUCAGCCGCUGGCUGCGCGUGCCGCCCAUGCAGGAGAGCCGCAUCCAGUUCCAGCUCAACGUGCUGCGGGGGCGGCUCUACGCCACCGGGGGGCGCAACCGCUCCGGCAGCCUGUCGUCCGUGGAGUGCUACUGCCCGAAGAAGAACGAGUGGGGCUACGUGGACUCGCUGAAGCGCAGGAUCUGGGGGCACGCCGGCACCGCCUGCGCGGACAAGCUGUACAUUUCCGGGGGCUACGGGGUCUCGGUGGAGGACAAAAAGACCCUGCACUGCUACGACCCCGCUGCCGACCAGUGGGAGUUCAAGUCCCCCAUGAACGAACCCCGGGUGCUGCACGCCAUGAUCAGCGCGAGCGGCCGGAUCUACUCCCUCGGGGGGCGCAUGGACCACGUGGACCGCUGCUUUGACGUUUUGGCGGUGGAGUAUUACAUUCCGGACACGGAUCAGUGGACCACGGUCAGCCCCAUGCGAGCCGGCCAAUCGGAGGCCGGCUGCUGCUUAUUGGAUAAAAAGAUCUACAUUGUAGGGGGCUAUAACUGGCACCUGAACAACGUCACCAGUAUCGUGCAAGUAUACAACACAGAAACUGACGAAUGGGAGCGAGAUCUGCAUUUCCCAGAGUCCUUUGCGGGAAUCGCAUGCACACCUAUCAUACUUCCACAAACCACGACCCAACGGUAACUCCUCACUCAAUGAUAAUGACUACGACGAACCGCUUGUGGCAUUAUUGAAACGGAGACUUGAACUAUCGUUUCAUGUGUACUGUAGAAAAUGCCCUGAAAUGGUAUGAACAUGGAGCAGUGUUGAUAUUGAAAUAAUUAUGCAUUCUGAGUACAGUAAUACCUUAAAUCAAUAUUUUCUCUGACCAUUUUUCCAUUGCAGUGAAAAUGGCAUUGCAUACCUAUAGUGAUUAGUGGGCCAUGAGACCCCGUUUUAUUUUUAAUUUGCAAUAUUUACUUUUAACGUUCUUUCAGUUGAUAAUUGGGUCCAUUUAGGAGUAAUUUUGUGCUGAAUUUGGUGAAACCUCUUUGUGGAGAACAACUGUUAAGUGCGAGGUGAAUCAGACAUUGCUGAAAUUGUGUUUCAUAAAAGAAAUCCAAUUAAUUUAAUCGUACUAAAACCUCUGUCUUGAGUGGAUUUUCCUCAAAGAAAUGACAUAUUAAGAGAUAAAAGUGCCUGCCAUCAUACAAAGAAAAUGUCAGUGUAGAAUUUGUUGCUCCUUAAACUUAGAGGAGCACCGUACCUUUUAACUGCAAUUGGUGUGCAGUGCUGUUACAAAGCAUGCUUUGGGGAAAGGCUCCACACAGAAAAAUCCUCAAAAGGGGAAACCGCAUCAGAUUUUCAGUAUUAAUGGUUCAUGGCAGCCUCCUCAUAAAAGGUCUCUGAGUCCACAGUUCUACCUGGUGAUUCUGUGGAUUCAGGAUUACACUCUUUGGUCUCAAAUUUAAUGAAGUUUUGUUGCACAUGGAAGAUUGAAACCAGCUUGAAAGCUUGUUGUUACAGACUGACCAGUCAACCGUAUGGGCAUUAAACCAGUAUUAGCAUGCACAAUUGAGCCUAACGCUUCGCUCUAUCGCUAAUGCUAAAGUGAGUCUAAUUCCCUAAUGAGUCAAAAUUAGAUAGAGGUAUAUCUUAUCGCCACUGCUGAAGAACAUGGUGUGAAAAAUAUGGCUGUAUCUUAACACAGGAAUGGCGGGAACAAAAACCGUUUACAAACGGGCAGGUCACUGAAAAUGAGCUGUACAAUUUGGAAAGUCAACAUAGAAAACAAUCAAUAUUCCAGUUUCCACGUACCCAAUUUUUGGUCAUAAACUAAGAAUUAUAGCAAAUAAAAAUAGUUUAAGAAUAAUGUAAGGGUGUUUCCCCGGGGAGAUUGCGUGACCGUAGAGCAGGGGUGUCCAAUCUUACCCAGAAAGGGCCGGGGUGUGUGCAGGUUGUUGUUUUAGCACAGGACUAAGACAGCUGAUUCUACUCAUCAAGGUCUUGAUUAAAGAACAGGAUUAGUUCAUUAGUAUAAUCAGGUGUGUUACUGCUGGGUUAAAACAAAAACCUGCACCCACGCCGGCCCUUUUAGGAUAAGAUUGGACACCAUAGAGCAUCUGACACUCAAACGGCAUACAGUUCCCGCACACUGCUGAACGUUUGACUUCUUACUGUCUGUUCUGUGGUCCUAGCUCUUUCUAUAAACCUGGUUUCCAGUGACAAAUGAGGUGAGUGGACUUUCACCCUCUUCUUGUGGGAAAAAAAAAGGCAGCUAUGGUUCCAAUCAGUGAAAGAUUUCAGUUCUUAAUCAUAUAUAGUUUAUAUCUUAUAAUCGUAUAUAGGCAUAUAUUCACAUUCCACGCGCAUUCAGAGUUACAAACUAUGCCCAUUUUCGUAUUUCCAGUGUGAUUUCUGUUUGCCUAAAUUAUGAAUUUGUGCAAGUCUGAGGCACAGGAUUGAGAUUUUAAGUUGUUUUCGAGAUAGUCGUUUUUUUGUUGUUGUUUUUCUCACUUUUUGCGCUGUAAAAUAGUACUUGAGGGACAUUCUCCUAAGAUUAAUACAUUGGAAUGUAUUUUGUGAGAAAAAGAUUGAACCUAUUUGCAGGUAGUUAAUAUAUGCAAAAUUCAUUUUUGUUUUAUUUUUAUGAAGGUUCACACAUCUGUCAAUUAUUGUGCAUAUUCUGACAGUACACAUUAUAACAAAUACUCAACUACUUCGACUAACUACCGUUAGAUAGCAAGCCAACUGGCAAGCAUGGAAUCGAUCAAACAUCCUUAUAACCUCUGUAUUGAUUGACAGCUGAGUUGAUUCUACCUCAUCUGUUAAAAGGGGUGUAUAGCAUGCCCUUCCACUCAAAACUAUUGUUGAAGUUUGGUAUAAGAAAAAUGUACUUGGGCACAUAUUAACUACAAGCCAAUCUUUCAAAUGUGAAGGUUUUGAGAUUCAGGUCAUAGGCCCACAUGUGUUUUGUCUAAAUAAAUGUGAUUUUGGGAGAGUGUCCCUCAUAAAUUGAAAUUUUGCUUUAUAUGGAUUUGGCAUUUCGUACAAUUUUAUAUGAGACUUUAUGUAGUUUAUUUCCUGAGAUCUGCUAUCUGAAAAUUAGCAAAACAAACAGAAGACACUACUAAAUCUACAAACUAUUUGAACUAUACUAGUCAUAUCUGAGAUCAAAAGGUGUGAGUCGCCCACAAAUAUUGGUUUGUGUGAAAUGGAAUGAGCCAAGAGUUCAGUCCAAACAUGUAGGAAUGUAUAUGAUUUUCAAAGGUCAGAAAGUGUUAUUUAAUCAAUAUAUUUCUUUACACCAAUAUCGUGUGUCUCUUGUCCUCCAGUGUCUGUUUGCUUCAUAUGUACAGUAGCUUAGCCUUUCCCUUUGAAAAAUGCAUACCCAUGUUCAAUAGCUAGAAAGGGUUAGUUUAAAUGUGUGAAAUGGAGAUUACUUAUAGCACUUUGAAAAUGGCAGAGAAGCACAUUAUCAAAUGUUUUUCUAUUGUUGUCCUGUGCAGCAAUGGGGCAAAGUUGGUCAAAUGGUUAGUCUGAUUGACUCCUGAAACCAUGACAGACACAUAUAAGUGAACUAGACUAAAUUAAAUUUUAAGAUGAAGCGCGUCAAAUUCCUACUUAUGGAAGUGUUCCGUUUUCAUCUGGUAGGGUUUUUUUUCUGCUAAUAGUAUGUUUUUUUAAAUGCAACAUAUAGUCCCAAAAGAACAUGUAUAGUGUGGAUUUUGUGAUGUUGAUAUAUUUUUCCCUUGCUUCAAUAUGAAACUGUUGCCAGUUGUGGAAAGUUGAAUUCCAUCCUGCAAAGGUAGGAUUGGAACAGUCCCAACGCAGGUCGACAAGGUCUGCUGGCUUCUGUUGUCACUCGACAUUGAAUCAAUCCGUUAAACAGCCGAUUGGAUAGUUUCACGCGGUUUCCUGGGUCGAGUAUUUAAGGUAAAAACCAGCAGACCACUCCUCCAGCACUGGCCACUCCUGGACGGAAACAUCAGAUUUCUGCAUUCAAUUAGCAAUCAUCACAUGGACCAUAUUUGGAUUAAAGAUGGCACUUAUUUGCCUUCUUUAUAUUAUAUCUCUGUUAUAUGAUGUGUACUCGUUUUUUUGGUUGUCUUGUCUCUUAACACUAAAGCACAUUUUUAUGGUUUAUUGUUACAUUAAAUGCAUUAUAAAUGUCUUCUACUCAAAGUUGAUGAAUGUAUAAUUUUUGCAUACGAUCUCAACUGUUGCUAAAACAAUUUUGUAUGAAUUGAAAGGAGCUCUCCAGUGUUACAGCUUCAGUCGUGGAGUGUAUUUUUUCCUGUGAAUGAGAUCAUGAAUCAAAAUAAAUGAGUUGCUAAUUGGCCCGAUAUUUAGGGUGAGUGUAGCACUUUUAAAACGUGAAAUAUUCGGUGUGCCCUGUUACGGUGUUACCUUUAAAUUCGGAUGUUCAACAUGCUGUAUAAAGGUAUUCUCAAAGGCAGUAGAGGCUAAUGUUAAAGGGUUGGCCUGAUUCCCAGUGCAGGAAAGCUGUGUAACCUAUGUGUAAUUUGCAUGUACAAGAUCUGGAAUUUAAGAUCCUGUAAUUGUCAUCUGUGUCUUUCUAUAGUAAUUUCUAAAUAAGUCUAAUGGAUAUAUUUUGGCAUGAUUUGCUGCUAUAAUAAGAAUGUACUGUGACUGUCCUAUCAGGGUUUUCCAUAUACAGGCAUAGCACUGGUCAUUAAAGACCAAUUGAUGCACUACAGGGUCCUGGAUAUAUGUUUUGUUGUUCAUGCAAUGAGUUGUAUGCAUUGUGAAGCUAUUGGCUCUUUGGAAAGUAUAGUGUGAACACAGCUAAUGCUUCUCGCUGCCAACAUGACGACAAGUUAGUCCUCAUAUUACUGGGCAAACAUCAUCUUAUGCAUUAUUUUAUUCAUAAGUGUACACAUGCAUCACAUGCCCCACAUUCCAUUGCCUGUUGGUUUCCUUGGUUACUUUAGAACCAAGUUUUCCUACCAGUGAAGGGAAGGUGAAACAAUUGCCCACACAAAUUAUUGGCUUUUAUACCAGGAUAUAGAAUAAAUUCAUAAAUGUCUUAUUGAUUUUUGUUUUGUUAAAAACAAGACGAAUAAUUCCACUUGACCAUAACGAUUAUGGUAAUGCGGAUUUGUAUUUAUUGUUAGCCUAUUAUAUCAUUGGUUGCAUGGAAGAUAAAUUGAAGGUAUAUACUCACAGAUAAUCAAAUGAAAUGGCCACUGCUUGUGCAUAUGUCCGUUGAGAAAGAUGAUGGGUUUUUGGUUUUGAUUGCAUUUCCCGAAUUUUUUUGCAUUCAGUUAUCACUUGCAACAAUAGUUGCUUGAUCAGUCUUGUUUCAGUCCAGUUGAGACAAAAUGACAAGACAAAAUGAAUUAAUAUCUGUAAUGUGGUUCUUUGUGAAAAUCUGUUUGAAUGUUGACUGUAUUAUUAAUUUCUAGGAUUCUCUUCUGAGAACGGGUGCUAACGAUAUCGCAAACUCUGAAGGAGCAACCUGGAUGUCAUUUUUAGUAUGAACAACUCAGUGAAUAAUUGGUUGACAGUACCUACAGUAAGUGUUUGGAAGAGUUACUAUUGGUUAUUGCCUUUCUGAUUUGAUAUCAGAAAAUUGGGUUGGCUCCAUCGAUCGAAGCUGUCCUUGUCGGGGCUAUAUGCAUUAUAAUGCAUAUUUUGGAAUAUCCAGCACCCUUGGAAUGAAAGCUUUCAAAUCAGUGGUUUGAAUGUAGGAGUGCUCAUAACUCAAAUUAUGCAAUGGUUUAAAUUUAAACUUUAACCGCUUAUAAAGCAAUGGCUUUGUGUUGUAUGUCAGGUUUUGUGUCUAUGUUGUAGCAUAUUGACCAUUAGUUGUGUAUGCUCUCCACUUGUGCAAUUUGAUGUGAUAUUUGUGUGUGAUUACAAGUCUGGUUUGGCAUGUUUAUUUGAACCUACCUAUAUUGUUCCUUUGAACGUAUCCUUUAAUUGUGUUGUUGUAUAUGUUUUUUUUUUUUGGUUGUUUUUUUUUCACCAAAUGACCUUUACUCUUACAGAAACCUCAAUACUGUCGCAGUGUUGAAAUAACUGAAUGUACCUUACCUGGCAGCACUUUCUUGGUUUCUAACACCAAACACCUUGUCUCUCAUUGAUAGGAUGCAUUGACUUUCAGCAAGCUAUCAAAACUAAACAAACAUGUAUGUGCUUAUGACGAUGUGAUUUUCAAUAAAAGAAAAAAAAAACUG